CCCGAAGCCCCUCUCCGUUGCCGUGCCGCAGAUUCCGCACAUCCUCUGAUCCCGAGUCCCCGCACGCUCGAGGUGCCGGACCUCGAUCCUCGGAUUCUGUCUUUGCAGCCGUCCCGGACCCUUUCACCCUUGAGGCACGGACCCCGGCACCGGGGACCCCCCUGAACCCCCGAGUCCCCGGGCUCCCCCGGACUUCUCGUAUCCCCGAGCCGGGCGCGUCCCCUCUCCCCUGGGGGGCCAUGGAGUCGGAAUCCCUGAGCCACCCGAGCCCCGCGUCCCCGCAGCCAGAACCCAUCAGCUUCGGCAUCGACCAGAUCCUGGGAGGGGGAACCCCGACGGGAGGGGACCCGACCCCUACGGCGCGGGGCCCUUGCGACCACGCCGAGCUGCUGCUGAGCCCGAUGGUCCACGGGGCGGCGGGGGGAUACGGGGCCCUCUCGCCCCCCGCGUUCGGCCCCUACAGCCCCGCGCAGCACCACGCGUUCCCGCACCACCCCUCCCAGCAGCAGCACCACCACCACCACCAGCACCCCGGAAUACCGCCUGGGUGCCACUUCGGGGUCCAGGGCGCGGGGGCCGGGCUCAUCCGGGUGCCCGCGCACCGCCCCCUCGCCGCGGGGAUCCCCGGCGGCGGCGGUCCCCUGGGGCACGGCAUCGCCCUGCCCUUCCCGUGGAUGGAGUCGAACCGGAGAUUCGUGAAGGAGCGGCUGAGCGCCGCCCUGGCCCCGCUGUCGGUGCCCCGCCGCGUGGGCCACCCGUACCAGAACCGCACGCCGCCCAAGCGCAAGAAGCCGCGCACCUCCUUCUCGCGCCUGCAGGUGUGCGAGCUGGAGAAGCGCUUCCAUCGGCAGAAGUACCUCGCCUCCGCCGAGCGCGCCGCCCUCGCCAAGGGCCUCAAGAUGACCGACGCGCAGGUCAAAACGUGGUUCCAGAAUCGGCGCACCAAAUGGAGACGUCAGACGGCGGAGGAGCGCGAGGCCGAGAGGCAGCAGGCCAAUCGGCUGCUGCUGCAGCUGCAGGCGGAGGUGCAGUUCCCCAAGGCGCUGCACGGGGGGGGAGGGGGGCCGCAGGGGGCCCGCGAGGGGGGCCCCGCCGACCGCGUCUGCCUUCACAACGCGUCGCUCUUCGCGCUGCAGAACCUCCAGCCCUGGGCCGAGGAGCAGGGGGAGAUCGCGCCCGUCGCCUCCCUCGCCUCCGCUCUCUAGCGGGACCCCCGCGGGGCCCUGGAGGGGGGUCCCCGCCCCCCCUUCCCCCCCCCAUAUUCUCAUGGGGGCCCUGUCCCUCCGACUGACCCUGCCUCUCCCUCUCGUGAAGGCCCCGACCCUGUCUCUCCCUUAUUGCCCCCCCUCCCUGACCAUCUCAAGCCUCCCUUCCCUGGGGGCCCCAGACCCUCCCACUGACCCUGCCUCUCACUCCCUGGGGGGCCCCAUCACCCUCCCGCCAACCCCCACCCCCAAGGCCCCUGUGACCCUCCCACCUCCAGGACGGCCCCCGCACCCCGAGCGAGCUGCGGUGACGGAGGGAGCUGUAAAUAGUGGUGUAUGUACUGUACAUGUGUGAUCGUGAGAUUUGUUUUAGGGGGGCGGUGGGGGGGACGGUGGGGGGGGGGGGCGUUUUAUGAGAACAAGAAAUCGAACUUUAAACGGGAAUCGGAGAAGUGGAAGGAACGGGGGGAGACACGAGGAGCCACACGAGCCGCAACAACCACGGCAACCGCACCGAGCGCCGGCGGUGCGACCGCCAACCCGGUCCCCACGUGCUGGAGGGUGGUGGCCCGGGGUGCCGGGUACCGCCCUGCGCCACCAACGGCACGACGCAACUCGACCGCAGCGGCUCGACCGCGGGAUCGUGACAACCCGCACCGGGUCAACCCCCGUGGAACUUGCGUGGAGUCGACAGCACCAACAACAACCAUUGCAGAGCACGCCACAACCGCAGAGCACGCCACAGCCGCACCGACUCGAGCAAAACCCGGCUCCACCACGGGGACCGCCCCGAGGAUGGCGAGGAUGGGGGGUGGGGGGACGAACUCCGUAACCCUGGCGAUGCCGUGUGUCUGUACCGCGUUCUCGCGUCGUCGUUGUCACCGUCGUCGUUGUUGCCGCCGUCGUCGCCGUCGUCAUCGUGAUGGUGCUGCCUCUGCCGCUGGGUUGCACCGCUGGGGGUGACGCUGACCGUGACAGUCUGACCAGAACCCCACCCCCCCCCCUCCCAGCUCGGCCCUGAUUUUAGGUUUCACCCAGACUCCAACCCGACAACCCCACAUCCUGCCCCCCUCAACCCUGACUUCUGACUUCUGACCUGACCUUUGACCGGGACCUCUGGCAUGUGGGGUCAUGCGGAGCUGCGAUGAAUUUGGCAGCGGCGAAACCAGAAGCGUGAAUAAAAGGGGACC